GACGACGCAGCCGCCAAAUUUAAAAACUUGUACUGGAUGUUUUUAGCUCAACAGCGUCAUUAUUCACAGCAAAAUAAAGGAAAGGACUCGCGAAACAUGGAGACAGCGUCAACGAAAGCAGGUGUUUUGAGUCUAUUGAGUUUGCUGGAGGUUCAGGCAAGGAGCCGCAGGACUCAGCCUCAGCAGCAGAGCCGAGUGAAGGAGCUAAAAGCUAAAAUUGAAGCGCUGAAGGUGCAGAAACAGCAGCUGGAGGCAGAAAUAGAAACACACCAGAAUCUCCAGAAACUGAGGUCAUCUCUGGACAAACAGUGUGCUGAUGAAGAAGAUGUGGAAAUGGAAGAAGUCUCUGAAAACUCACAGCUUUUACGACUGAUGGCCAGACAUACACAGCUGAAAGAUCUGCUGCACGCUCAUCACCUCAUUGGUGGCUAUGACGUCAUUAAAACUCGUCAAGGUAAAGGAGUUUGUGUAUCUCUGGCGACGGCAUAUGAGGGCGUCUACCUGGACACCUACAACCUGGAGAUUGACCUGAAGCCGACAGUGAAGAUCAGUCGCCACAACAUCCCCCCCUUCAUCCCCGUAAACGGCCUCGCCGAGGAGAACGACAUGCAGGUGAACAUGAGGGCUUUUCUGGACGCCCUCAGUCAGCAUCUCAACGCCUUUGCUGGUCGCAAGCAGCAGCUGAAGCUUCUUAAGGAGCAACAUAAGUCCGUCGAAGUGAUGGAGAGUAAUGUUCUGUGUUCGAUACUGGUGCUGAUGUUCAAGGUGCCGAGAGCGAAGACGGCCGUUCUCUGCACUUUAGACUACACAGACCACAGCAGAUGUCUUCCAACAAGAGUCCACUUUGAAUGUGAAGACAAGCAGCUUUCCGACUCUGAUCAGUGGAAGAAAAACCACAGCUUACUUAUGGAGACUCCAGUGCAUAAAGCUUUGACAGCCAUGAAGAACAUGGGGGAUAUUGUAUAAUUUAUUCAGCUUUGUUUUAACAUUUUGAUAAUAUAACAACGUAUAUACUCGUAGUUUAUAAUGAAACUAUCAGUUUUCUUGUGUUGAGGUAUUUAGGUGUAAAUAAAGCUUUCAGGUUCCUCUAUGGAGGCUCCGCUGGCAUUUCCACGUUA